ACUCAAACACACCACACUGUCAAUCUCAACCCCAAAAAAUCACUUCCACUUUCUCACACAUUUAUAAUCAGCAAAGAACAUGGCCGGAGUGAUGAAUUUGAUGUGCUCGGUCCUCAUCGUGGCGGCAUUGAUCGCGGCCAUUGCUCCCCAGAGCGAGGCCGUGAUCGGGUGCGGCCAGGUGGUUUCAUACCUCAACCCAUGCCUCCCCUAUGUGACGAAUAGGGGCCCGCUUGGGGGGUGCUGCGGCGGCGUAAAGGGUCUUUACAGCGCUGCCAAGACGACGCCAGACAGGAAGAGCGUCUGCAACUGCCUGAAAUCCCUGGCCGGGUCAUACGGCGGCGUCAACCUUGGCAAGGCCGCCAGCCUCCCCGGCCAGUGCGGUGUCAGAAUUCCGUACAAGAUCAGCCCUUCCACUGACUGCUCCAAGGUGCAGUGAGGAUUGAUCAUAAUAUGCCGAUUUCAGUUGUAUUCUGACAGCCUAGCUACGUUGAAGUACUAUGAAUAAAACAAGAUAUUGGUUGUAACAUUUAAUGGUUUCUUACCAUUGGAUAUGAUGAACCAAUAUUUGCUUUUAUAUUAUUAAUGAGAGUGACUUCUAUUUA